AUGACCAAUAAGAAUAUUAGCGAGGACUGUCUUUAUCUGAAUGUCUGGUCACCGGUCGGUAGUGGUGUCGAUGGUCCGCUCAAACCAGUUAUGGUAUGGAUUCACGGCGGAGGUCUACUUGUAGGCUCUCCCAGUGAAUACAGUUACCAUGGUGACUUGCUGUCUGCCAGAGGAGAUGUGGUUGUCGUAUCGGUUUCAUACAGGCUCAACAUAUUUGGUUUCUUGUAUUCUGGUGAUAGUCGAGCACCUGGCAAUGUCGGCCUUUUGGACCAGAAUCUAGGUCUCAAAUGGGUUAAUGAUAAUAUACAUUAUUUUGGUGGAGACCCCAAUAAGGUGACAAUUUUCGGCGAAAGCGCUGGUUCUUGGUCUGUGAGUCUGCACAUAAUAUCACCGAAAAGUCGAAAUUUAUUCAAGAAUGCAAUCAUGAGUUCGGGCGCUUAUCUCAACAAAUUCGAUGACGACAGCGGUUUGGAUCAUAUAAAGCGCUGGCUUAAAGGCGCUGCAAGGAUUGGUUGUUCCGAUCCAUUGAGCCUAGGAACAUUUUUCACCCAGCAAAUAAUGGACUGCCUUAGAGCUGCAGAUAUUUCCGAAUUGAUAAAAGUCACCGAUUUCUUUGACCUGAUAACCGGAUCAGUUAAGGUGUUUCCUCUCGUGGUCAGCGACGGAGAUUUCCUAUCGAACAAGCCAAGAGAUAUGUUGAGCUCGGGUAAUUUUAAAACAAAUGUUAACCUAAUGAUCAUCACUGUUGAGGACGAGGGUGCUUUUCUGCUCAACAAUUUCAACGAUACCGUGAUAUUCGAUGCCUUGAAUCCAAAGAAUAUGACUUAUAGUGAAGCCUAUAAUUAUUUACGAGAUAUGUCUGGUAGAAUGAAUAGCGAACUGCCUAUCAAUGGAGAAGAUGUGGCGAAACUGUAUUUCACGGGACUGUCCGACGGCGACCCCAAUGAAACACUGUUGAAAACUCUAGGCAUAGCAACUGGUGACUAUUUCCUUGCCUGUCCCACUAAGCUCUUCGCCAAAACAGUCUUCUCCAAGAGUAAUUACCAUGCUAAUGUCUUUGAGUACUACUUCAACGCCAAACUACAAAACAAUGGCUUUUGUUCCUAUUGGAUGGGUGUCUGUCAUGCACAUGAUGUGGACCCCAUGUUUGGCAUACCUUUCAUCGAUCCUUACGCCAACGACUAUACGGAUAGGGCACGCGAGAUCUCCGGUCAAAUGAUGCAAUUCCUCACUGGUUUUGCCAAAACAGGGUAUACUUGUUAAAAUCAAUUUUGAACCACGAUUAUUUAUUAAUUUCUUUCUUAGGAAACCCACGCCUCAAAACGGAGCUGAAUGGCCAAGUUAUUUUACAAUUAACG